AUGCGAAAGAGUGAAAUGACCCCAAAGCGGAGAGCAGAUCAGGCUCUUCGUGCUCUCCCCUUUGGCCCUGGCUGCAGGGCAAAAGCAGUACUGUGGACGCAGGCGGCCGCCCUCAUUAACCUCAAGUCCUCUGUAGAAGAGGAGCAACGCGCCGGGACGGUGAUCGCCAACGUGGCCAAGGACGCGCGGGAGGCGGGCUUCGCGCUGGACCCCCGGCAGGCCUCUGCCUUCCGCGUGGUGUCCAACUCAGCUCCGCACCUGGUGGACAUCAACCCCAGCUCCGGCCUGCUGGUCACCAAACAGAAAAUCGACCGGGACCUGCUGUGCCGCCAGAGCCCCAAGUGCAUCAUCUCGCUCGAGGUCAUGUCCAGCUCAAUGGAGAUCUGCGUGAUUAAGGUGGAGAUCAAGGACCUGAACGACAAUGCGCCCAGUUUCCCCACAGCACAGAUCGAACUGGAGAUUUCGGAGGCAGCCAGCCCUGGCACGCGCAUCCCGCUGGACAGCGCCUAUGACCCAGACUCAGGCAGCUUUGGCGUACAGACUUACGAGCUCACACCCAACGAGCUGUUCGGUCUGGAAAUCAAGACGCGCGGCGAUGGCUCACGUUUUGCGGAACUCGUAGUGGAGAAGAGCCUGGACCGCGAGACGCAGUCGCACUACAGCUUUCGAAUUACUGCGCUCGACGGUGGUGACCCGCCUCACAUGGGCACCGUUGGACUCAGCAUCAAGGUGACCGACUCCAAUGACAACAACCCGGUGUUUGGUGAGUCCACCUAUGCGGUGAGUGUGCCAGAGAACUCGCCUCCCAACACACCCGUCAUCCGCCUCAAUGCAAGCGAUCCAGAUGAGGGCACCAACGGCCAGGUGGUCUACUCUUUCUAUGGCUAUGUGAACGACCGCACGCGCGAGCUCUUCCAGAUCGACCCGCACAGCGGGCUGGUCACCGUCACUGGUGCCCUAGACUAUGAAGAGGGCCACGUGUACGAAUUGGACGUGCAGGCCAAGGACCUGGGGCCCAACUCUAUUCCAGCACACUGCAAAGUCACUGUCAGCGUGCUAGACACCAAUGACAACCCACCGGUCAUCAACCUGCUGUCGGUCAACAGCGAGCUUGUGGAGGUGAGCGAGAGCGCCCCCCCAGGUUAUGUGAUAGCCUUGGUGCGGGUGUCUGAUCGCGACUCCGGCCUCAAUGGACGCGUGCAGUGUCGUUUACUGGGCAACGUGCCCUUUAGACUGCAGGAGUAUGAGAGUUUCUCUACCAUCCUGGUGGAUGGACGACUGGACCGCGAGCAGCAUGACCAAUAUAACCUCACAAUUCAGGCGCGCGACGGCGGCGUGCCCAUGUUGCAGAGUGCCAAGUCCUUUACCGUACGCAUCACUGAUGAGAAUGACAACCACCCGCACUUCUCUAAACCCUACUACCAGGUCAUUGUGCAGGAGAAUAACACGCCCGGUGCCUAUCUGCUCUCUGUGUCGGCCCGUGAUCCCGACCUGGGUCUUAAUGGCAGUGUCUCCUACCAGAUCGUGCCGUCGCAGGUGCGGGACAUGCCUGUCUUCACCUAUGUCUCCAUCAAUCCCAACUCGGGCGACAUCUAUGCGCUGCGAUCCUUCAAUCACGAGCAGACCAAGGCUUUUGAAUUCAAGGUGCUGGCUAAGGAUGGCGGCUUGCCCUCUCUGCAAAGCAAUGCCACAGUGCGGGUCAUUAUCCUAGACGUCAAUGACAAUACACCGGUCAUCACGGCGCCACCCCUGAUAAAUGGCACCGCGGAGGUCUACAUUCCCCGAAACGCAGGCAUAGGCUACCUGGUGACCAUUGUCAAAGCAGAUGACUACGACGAGGGCGAAAAUGGCCGGGUCACCUAUGACAUGACCGAGGGCGACCGCGGCUUCUUUGAAAUAGACCAGGUCAAUGGUGAAAUCAGAACCACCCGCACCUUCAGUGAGAGCUCUAAGGCUUCUUAUGAGCUUAUUGUGGUGGCCCAUGACCAUGGCAAGACGUCUCUCUCUGCCUCUGCACUUGUCUUAAUCUACCUGUCCCCUGCUCUGGAUGCCCAAGAGUCAAUGGGCUCAGUGAACCUGUCCCUAAUUUUCAUUAUCGCCCUGGGUUCCAUUGCGGGCAUCCUCUUUGUCACUAUGAUCUUCGUGGCGAUCAAGUGCAAGCGAGACAACAAAGAAAUCCGGACCUACAACUGCAGUAAUUGUUUAACCAUCACUUGUCUCCUCGGCUGUUUUAUAAAAGGACAAAACAGCAAGUGUCUGCAUUGCAUCUCGGUUUCUCCCAUUAGCGAGGAGCAAGACAAAAAGGCAGAGGAGAAAGUGAGCCUAAGGGGAAAGAGAAUCGCUGAGUACUCCUAUGGGCAUCAAAAGAAAUCAAGCAAGAAGAAAAAAAUCAGUAAGAAUGACAUUCGCCUGGUACCCCGGGAUGUGGAGGAGACAGACAAGAUGAACGUUGUCAGUUGCUCCUCCCUGACCUCAUCCCUCAACUAUUUCGACUACCACCAGCAGACACUGCCCCUGGGCUGCCGCCGCUCAGAGAGCACUUUCCUGAAUGUGGAGAACCAGAAUUCCCGCAAUACCACUGCCAACCACAUCUACCACCAUUCUUUCAACAGCCAGGGCCCCCAGCAGCCAGACUUGAUUAUCAACGGGGUUCCUCUACCAGAGACUGAGAACUAUUCUUUUGACUCCAACUACGUGAAUAGCCGAGCCCAUUUAAUCAAAAGCAGCUCCACCUUCAAGGACUUAGAGGGCAACAGCCUGAAGGAUAGUGGACAUGAGGAGAGUGACCAGACUGACAGUGAACAUGAUGUCCAGCGGAGCCUGUACUGUGAUACUGCCGUCAAUGAUGUGCUGAACACCAGUGUGACCUCCAUGGGAUCUCAGAUGCCUGAGCAUGAUCAGAAUGAGGGAUUUCAUUGCAGAGAAGAAUGCCGGAUUCUUGGCCACUCUGACCGGUGCUGGAUGCCCCGGAACCCCAUGCCCACCAGGUCCAAGUCCCCUGAGCAUGUGAGGAACAUCAUUGCGCUGUCUAUUGAAGCUACUGCUGCUGAUGUUGAGGCUUACGACGACUGCGGCCCCACCAAGCGGACUUUCGCAACCUUUGGGAAAGAUGUCAGCGACCACUCGGCUGAGGAGAGGCCCACUCUGAAAGGCAAGAGGACUGUCGAUGUCACCAUCUGCAGCCCCAAGGUCAACGGCGCUAUCCGGGAGGCAGGCAAUGGCUGUGAGGCUAUUAGCCCUGUCACCUCCCCCCUCCACCUUAAGAGCCCUCUUCCCACCAAGCCUUCCGUGUCUUACACCGUUGCCCUGGCUCCCCCGGCUCGUGAUCUGGAGCAGUAUGUCAACAACGUCAACAAUGGCCCUUCUCGUCCUUCUGAAGCUGAGCCCCGUGGCGCUGACAGCGAGAAAGUCAUACAUGAGGUCAACCCCAUUCUGAAGGAGGGUCGUGACAAAGAGUCCCCUGGCGUGAAGCGUCUGAAGGAUAUCGUUCUCUAAACCAGUCUCCGGGAAAAAAGAGAAAGAAACCACGCUGGCUAGUGAAGAAGCAGGAGCUGCUCAUUUUAAUUGCUCACCAAUGGUUGGUUCUUGAGUGGCUGUAUUUCAGAGCUUUCCCUAAAUGUAUUGUUUAUAAAUGACUAUCAUUCUGUGACAAUCCCUCUCGUUUCAACAGGCAGCAGGGGUGUUCAGUUGGAGCAAAUUAGCUUUGGAUUAACUUGUUCAUGGGGCCUUGAUGUUGGGGAAACAGAGACAAAUUCAGUUGUGAGAAGUAUUAUCUAUUAAGUGUUUGAAUUUAUAUAUUUUUCUAUGUCAAAAUUAUAAUAUAAAUUGCCAUUGUUUGUGGAGGAUUACAUUAAAAAAAAAGAAAAAGAAAAAAAAAAGAAAAAAGCUCUGGACACCUUUAAUAAGCUCGCCACUGUUUUUUGUAGUGUAGACAAGUUAAUGGUCAUUUAUUGUGUACUAUUCAUUGAUCCAGUGAUGUGAAAUCGAGCCCCCAAAAGGUUGUUUCUGAAGCUUGAGUACUUUCCAAUGCUGCUACUUUGCUGUGGACACCCCUGCUUUAAGAACCCUUUUGCUAGCUGUGCUAUUGUUGUAUUUGAUAUUGCAAAUUGCUGUGUGUGGUGGGCAAAAGGCUUUUAAAGGUUGGUGUUUUUUUCUUAAAAAAUAAUAAAACUACAGACAAAAACAAAGUGCAAACAACUGAGACGGCAAAUGAAUGAGCAAUGCCACACAUAUAGAUUGAGUACGAGGAGGAGACUUACAUUUUUUAACCCAUGUAGUGAUUGCUCAUCAACUUGUGAAGUAUUUUUCCUGCCUUUCAGACUUCUGCCCAGGUCCAUGAUAGAUCAUCGCAGAAAGUGAUUUUUGGAUAUGCUGCUAUCUAAUUUGCAGUUGUCAGAAAUACUGUGCUGAAAAUUUUAUGAUAUCCAUUUUUCUAAUUUUCGGGUCCUGAACGGGAAAGUUGCUCCUAGAUAACAGUUUCCAGUCUUAGAAAUUCCCUGUUUCCAAUCAUCUAAAACUCAAAAUGACUGAAUCUAUUUUGAGAUCUAAAUUAGCAUCUCUUCAGACACACACUUCCUGAUUCAAUGUUUCCCAGUCACAAUUCAAAUUAGACUGCAAAGCAUGUCAUGGACUGGAAUUGAGAACUCCAUGUUGCUCUGUAUCGUGGUAAGCUUAUAAACAGGGAUAGAGUAAACAGAACAAAAUGUACAUUUAGGAAAAGACAGGUAACAGGUAACAGCACGACUAAUCCAAUUACUGUGCCUUCUAAAUGGAGACACUUGGACACUUGAACUCGUCUUUUUAUGAAUAAUUUUUUGAUUAAAAAUGUGAACAAGAAACUAUUAAAAAGUUCUUUAGAUUUAGCUAACUCUUUUUGCUGUAGGCUAGGAAUACACCUUUUUUUUUAAAUUAACAAACUGUACAUUCUUUUGUUUUGUUUUCUCAUUCUAACUCCCCAUUUAUCAUUUGCCUAUUAAUAUUCACUAGCCAACAUAGUAUUCUUGCAGCCUGAGAGUUGAUUAUUUAAAAAUAAACAAAUAUGUCACCUUUGCUCUGCCUUGGUCUUAUAAAGAAUUGUUUCUAGAGAAACAAAUUUUGUGGUUCUGUUUUCAUUUGUUUCAUUUUUUGAAAUUCAAGAGUACCCAGAAGAAAGGCCUAGAGGCUAGAGCACUAGAAUGCAAAAAAGGAUUUAUUUUCUUAAGGUUAGGUAGAUAAGUCAGCUUUUUAAAAUGUUUUAGUUAUUUUUGCCUGAGUUCCUAGCUUUAUAUAUUACUAGGAGUGUUUUCUUUUAUGGGAGGGAGAAGGGUUUUGAGGGAGGGGGUGGGUAAAGCGGGGGGGUGAUGGGAUUAGGUAAGGGAGAACAUUUCCGAAAAAAAGGCAAAAAAAAAAAAACCCACAAAACCUAUAAUGAAGUUACAAAUCCAUCCUUAUUUCUUAUUCAGUGCUGAAUACUACCUCAUGCAAAAUAUUGCUGUGGCUGCAAAUUUCCUCUGAAACUGACACAAUUAGAGACCGAUUACCAUAACGUUUUCAUUUUGCCUCAUUUCAUUCUCUUAUUCACUUUUUCCCUUCUGAAUCAUUUCAUUUUGGUACUAGGUUUUGAGUUAGGUUAUUUAUUUCUCUUUGUGAGUGACUACUUGAUUAACACAUUAAAAUUUUUUAAAUUUCCCCCGUUAA